GCACUUGACGGGAAUACUACAUCCGGGUAACAACUGGGGUCCUGACAGCGCGGAAAAAACGCAUUAGCUAAAUAAUCUGAGCAUCAUGUCUGGAAGAGACGGAGGUAAAAAGAAACCCCUCAAGGCUCCCAAAAAGCAGUCGAAGGAAAUGGACGAUGAGGACAUGGCUUUCAAACAGAAACAGAAAGAGGAGCAGAAAGCAAUGGACCAGUUGAAAGCCAAGGCUUCUGGAAAAGGACCUUUAACUGGAGGAGGAAUCAAGAAGUCUGGGAAGAAAUGAAUGUGUUUUAGUGUUUAUUUGCUUGCUGUUUAAACCACCAACUCAUGAUUUGGGUCCACAGUGGCAACAUAAAAUGUUUUUUUUUUUUUUACUUUUUAGUUUAUAUUUCUCUUGUAAAGGAAUAAAGUUUGUAAUGACUGUAAAUUUCCAUUUCAGGUGUUUAAUGUCUUUGAUUGUGAAACAUUCGUAUGACAUUCAAAACAACUGUACAAUAUCCAAACAUUUCAAGUAUAUCCAGUCUCACGUAAACGGAAGUGCAGAAGUGUUCAUAAAAGCUGAUCCAUCUUUAUAUAUUCAGAUCUCUAUAAUCAUAUGUUCAUAAAAUGUUCCAUCUCACAGUAUCGUCUUCAUUUAACCUGAACAGAAAAAAAAUCGUAUGUUAUUGUUUGUUUUAGUCGUUGUGCUGCUGUUCAUAUGUCUUACAUUUUCUCUUCAGUUUCACCUGCACUGGAUAGUGGUCACUCACUUUUAGCGCCUGUCAAGACAUUAAAUCUGUGUUUUAGAAAAAACUAAACUCAAAGAUUCUGUAAGCUAAAUGUACAGUAAUAACUCAUGUCACUAUGGUAAGUGUGAUUAAAUAUCAGUUCAAAUGA